CUACGUAGGUACGUAGCUAAAUGGCGACGACAGUCACAGUUCCCGUCCCUUUUGAGGUCAAAGAUCCAGCCAGAAAGUUCACACCGCUGGGAAGACCCUUUAGAAAGCCUCGCAAGGUGGCCGCUUCUCUCUCUAGUUUGUCGUCCAGCUGCAACUUGGACGAGUUGUAUUUCUUGGAGAAACCUCUUUUGAAGCCCAAAAUACGUGUCGGGCCCAGUCCGUGCAGCUACACCUUACCUCCUCCUCCGCGCUGCGGCAAGGGAGGAAAGAUCAACCCUAGAACCAAGUACGACAGAGAUCUGCUGCCCAAACCAAACUAUGAGCUCUGGACACUGAACACAAGAACACUUGAGAAGGCUCCCUCGCCAUGUUCCUAUGCUGUCACCAACAGCAUUGGAGGCAAAAGUCUGUCCAAAAAAGCCAGUCCAGCCUACUCUAUUAGGAGCCGUCCUCCACCUCCAAGAAAAACAAAAGCGGAAGUGUUGAUUCCAGCCCCAAACCUCUACAAUGCAGCAAAAUCUACUGACUACGUCAGUCGACACUUCCCUUCAUUCACCAUCAGAACAUCCAACACCAGAAAGAAAAUUGAGAGCAGUCCAGGCCCUGCCCACUACCAUCCAAAGAACUCGUUUUGCCAGAGCCAAUCGCCUUCUUUCACGUUUACCUCUCGCACUCCUACCAGAACACACACCACUUAAAAAACCAGAUAUUGUACAAGAAUUUCGUGUAACAAACAUAAUUUCUGUCUAGUUGUGAACAUUGAGCAUGGAGAAUGAGCAGUGAGUGAGAAUGAGUCAUAGAAACAGAUCAUCAGCAGUAUUAUGUCGUGUGGCGUGAGGUAAUGUAUUACGAAGAGUAGUCAGUCUCUCAGGGGCUGGAGGCAGGAAGACUUGACUUGUCGAGGUCGUCAAAGUACGGGUGGCGAAGAGCAGCCUUGGCGGUCAUUCUCUUCCCGGGGUUAUAGACAAGCAUUUGCUGGAGAAAUAAUAGACACCGCAAGAGAGAGGUGAGUGAGGGAAAGAGGAGGUGUGUGCAUGUCUGCUAUGUUAUUCACCCCAGUGGGAGUGAAAUAGCUCCUAGGCAUUCCCCCGGUGCAAGAGAGGUGAAAGGCACCACUUGCACCAAAGGAGCGUCAGGGAGCAAAACCUUAACUCGGGUACUGCGUGAGUACACUACAAAGCUAACCAGGAGGAGGUCUCUCCCCUCAGAGUUCAGUUUUGGGAUGACCUGAACCAUCGGUUUCGGGGCCCAGCGAGGGAAAGUCUGUUUAAAGUCAGGUAGUUCCAUCACUCCCGGCCACGUUGCAUCUGUCGGUGUGCCCAGAACUCUG